AUGCUCUCAACAUCGCCCCGUCUUCUCAUCCGACAUCCCUCUCCAACAACCGCCGAAUUCACUGUCACGACUCUCCGGCCGAUUCCACCAGCUCUACAUACACUGCUCUUCAUCUCCCGAAUUAUCCUCUCGAUCUUCGCCCUUCUUCUUCUCCACGCGCGCCUGACUCUACACCCUUUUCUCGCCUACGCCCCUCCCUCUCUCCUCAAGAUCAUACCAGCUUCAUACCUCCGUGCACCAACCUCGACCGCUGCUCUUGCGCAAAACAUACCGCUAUCUGUGCUCGUUCCCGUGAGUAUAGUUGUGCUAUGGCUAUCCAGUCGAAGAGGCUACGCCAGUGAGAGUAUUCUCGUUAUAAGAGGCUUGGGUGUACAGACUAGUGAAAGUCCAGGGAGUUAUCUUGCAGGUACGGCGACGAGGUUCAUACCGACCGAGAAGAUCCAAGACAUUCUCGUCAAUGAAGCGUUUCUUGGGUUCGAGGUGAGAUACUACCUCAUUGUCAUAGUCGAAGGCGAGGAUGAUGUGGUGGUUGUAUUUCCAGGCUUAUUACCACCACGAAAGAUUGUGGAAGAAGUUUGGAGGGGCGUUCGACGGUGUUUGUAUGAGCAAAGAGGAGAGGAUAAAUCACUGGGCUAA